AUGAAAAUUUUGAUAAUUAUUUCAGUAUUAUCUAUUGUAACUGCCAAUGACUAUAUGAUAUGGUCUAAAGAUAAAAAUUCAUUAAACAUUCCGCUUACCAAUUUGGCUUAUCAAGAAAAAAGUGUUGUUUUUGCCUUUAAAGAUUUUUGUUUAGGUAAAUUUAGUAAAUAUGCCAAUGCUUAUAAUGAUAAUAAAAAGUCAACAAGUAGUGAAUUGAUAAAAAAUAUUAAAAAUUCAUUUUAUAAAACUGGAUUUUUUGAUGGUAUACUUAAUAAUAAUGAAAUAAAAAAUUUAUUUUAUAUUCAAAAUUGGAAUGAGAUUGAGGAAAAAUUUAAAAAUUUUGAUACCACAAAUAAGGAUACAAAUUUGAAUUUUAUAAUUUUAAAUUCUGAUGAUGUAGAUGAUGAUAAUAAACGUAUAAAACGUGUUGCAUCAAGUGCAUUAGAAAAUUUGGAUGAUAUUUAUGAGGAGCAAAAACCUAUAAUUACCUCAAAAGUACCAGUUAUAUUACCAAAAUAUGAGAAAGAUAAAACAUUUGAUAAUUCUCCAUGCCUUUUUUAUCUUGAAGGAGUUACCCUGAUACAUCAUACAAAAUCUAAGAGUAUGGUAUAUAAAAGUGUUACAAUUGAUUUCACUAAAAAUAAUAUAAAUGAUAAAUUUUCGGGAUCAUUUGAUUGUAAUAAUAUAACUAAAAGUUCAAAAUUUAAUAUUAAAAUUGUGACAGAGGGUACCUCUGAUGAUGAAUCUGGUAUAACAAUUCCAAAAGGUACAAAUAUUGAAUUUGAAAUAAAUAUUGAAGGAAAUGGAUUUUAUAGUUGGAAGGUUAAUAGUUUAACUUUAAAAAAAGCAACUUUAUCUAUUGAGGGAAAAAGUUAUUCUGUUAAUAGUAAAAAAUUACUAUCACAGAAAGGUUCUAAUUUCUUAGAUAUUGAUGGUUAUUAUGAUUACUCUUUUGCCUGUAGUCAAACACCAGCCAUCUUUGCAUUAUCUGAUGUUCCUGAUAACUAUAUUGGUAUUUCUUUAGUUGGCCUACAACUUCAGAUGCACCCAGGACAAGUAAUCACAAAUGAUGAUGGUCAAGAAAUUUUUUAUGGAUUUAGUAAUAAUGUAAAUGAUUGUAUACCAACUUUUACUCCUGGUUCAUGGAUGGGAAUAAUUGUUUCAUUAAUUUGUAUUUCUAUUUUAUUAUUUGGUUAUCAGAUGAUUUCACAUUUAAGUGAUGCAGUUAAAAUAAGAAAAUGA